AUGACAUCGCAAUUUAAAGAUGAAAAAAAUAUCCCUGUUUCAAAACAGGAGUUUCCGGGGAAGGAUAGGGACAUGCCCGAUCCUAAACCCACCCGUGAGGAGCUACCAGAUGCAGGCGGAACAAGCACAACGUACAAAGCAGCGGAUAAGCUUCAUGGCAAAAGAGCGCUCAUAACUGGUGGUGAUAGCGGCAUAGGAGCAGCUACCGCAGUGUUGUUUGCAAAAGAAGGCGCUGUGUCGACAAUAGUUUACCUCCCCGAGGAAGAACAGGAUGCUCAAGAUACUAAGAAACAGGUUGAGUCUCUUGGAGGAACCUGCCAUCUAUUCGCCACAGACCUUGCCAAGAGAGAGAAUUGCCAGAAGGCAAUUGACUUUUCCUUGGAAAAGAUGGGCGGGAUAGAUAUUCUCUUUAAUAAUGCGGCUUAUCAAAUGAUGGUUGAGGAUAUUCUUGAUUUGCCAGAUGACCAGUGGGUUCAUACGUUCAACAUCAACAUGCACUCUUACUUUUACAUGGCCAAAUAUGCUCUUAAGCACAUGAAACGCGGUUCUGUCAUCAUCAACAACGCAUCUAUAAAUGCGUACAUUGGCCGGCCGGACUUGCUGGAUUACACCUCUACCAAAGGAGCCAUAAUUUCCUUCACAAGGGGACUGAGCAACCAGUAUAUCGGAAAGGGAAUUAGAGUCAACGCUGUCGCCCCAGGGCCAGUAUGGACUCCGUUGAUCCCAGCAACCAUGAAUGAAAAAGCGCAGAAAGAAUUCACCAGUCCCAUGGGUCGACCAGCCCAGCCCUCGGAAAUCGCAAGCUGUGUCGUAUUUCUUGCUUCAAUGGAUAGCUCUUGUAUCCUCUCGAUAGGCAAAGCUCUGCCACUACAAAUCCAUCCAAAUAAAUCACUUGCGGCUAAACUUCAUGAGAAAGACCCCGAAAAGUUCUCAGACUCCAAUCAUAAGCCAGAAAUUGCGGUGGCACUGUCGCAAUUCGAACUAUUUGCUGGCUGGAGGGAUCUGGGUCAGAUUUCUGCGAUAUUCAACAUCCCAAGUCUGCGGCGCUUCAUACCUGAAGGAUCAAACUCCUGGAAUGAGGAAACUCUCCGAAACGUUGUACGCGGGAUAUUGAAAGCAGACGAACAAACUGUUCAAGAUAUUGAAGAGGAUUUGAAACGACAAUCUCAGGAGGACAUUCAGAAACUUGGGUACCCAAGCUCCAUGUUUGAGUUGAUUCGACGCUUGCAAUCCCAAUACUCCGCCACAGACCCAGGCUUACUGAUUGCAAUCUUGUGCAUGAAUUAUCUUGUCUUGGAGCCUGGCGAAGCAAUCUUCAUCCCGGCUGACGGUGUUCAUUGCUACCUUUCCGGGGACAUUGUGGAGUGCAUGGCUCGUUCUAACAAUAUGCUCAGUGGUGGACUUUGUCCCGUUGCGGAUCGCGACAAUAUUGAUCUCUUUUCGGAGACACUGAAAAUCGACUCAAGCACUCGAGUGGAUAGUCUCAGAUUGCCAGCAAAUCCAAGCAAGGACGGGGCCAGCGGGCAUACUCUGGUGUAUCAGCCUCCCAUUGGCGAAUUUGACUUGGUUCGAAUUGACAUGACGGCUGGCACGGAGGAACUCAUUUGGAAUCACAAGGGCCCGACUGUGGCUAUAGCGAUUUCUGGGGACGGCACGAUUCGAGGGGACGGGAAAGAGCUCGCCGUCAAAACGGGGUUUAUUUUUUUCAUCGCGGCAGAAACAGAGACGAUGCUACGGGCUGAUACGGGGAUGCGAAUCUAUGCUGCUGUCAUACGUUAA